CAUCAGGCUACAGCCAUUGCUUGUCAAGCUCGCAUCAGCACCAUCCGUCGAUCACGCGCUCACAGCGUGGACACCAAAGGACCAGUUUGAUACAGGGGACAUACGCUAAGACAUAAUCAAUACCGCGCGGCCGUUAAACGUGGAAUAAUACAUUUAGACGCAUCGAGGUGCAACGUCACAUUAUACUACAUUCAUUCAUCUCGAGGAAAGAAGCGAACAGCAGUUCGUGGUCCAUUUGGACUCGUCAUGGACGUGUUUAAGAAAGGAUUUUCGAAAGCCAAGGAUGGGGUUGUGUUUGCGGCAGAGAAGACCAAACAGGGAGUGACAGGAGCAGCUGGAAUGACUAAAGAUGGGGUCAUUUUUGUUGGCACUAAAACAGUGGAUGGAGUCACAACAGUGGCUGGGAAGACUGUUUCUGGGGUGUCACAUGUGGGUGGUGCCAUGGUGGAUGGAGUCACAGCUGUUGCCCAAAAAACAGUGGAAGGUGCUGGGAACAUCGUUGCUGCAACAGGACUGGUCAAGAAGGACACACCAAAACCAGAUGAAGAGGCCAAGCAGGUGCCAGUAGAGAAUGCAGGGGAGUCUCAGGUUGAGGCUGACAACAGCUGUGACAAUGCCACUGAGGACAUUCAGUGAUCUGCCUUGUGCUUCUUCGUUGGAGUCAAGAGUUCAGUGACCAGAACAUUCCAUGUUACUCUGCCAAGUUCCCUUUUGCCUUGUCGUGGUUCUCUAUGGAGUUGAUUCAGUGUGUGUCUAUGUGUGCAAGUGAAAAUAAUCCUUGUACGUGUGGGAGUGCAUUUGUGGGUGUUCGUCCAUGUUCUGUGUUAGCUCUGAGGAUGGCACAUGUGUACAUGUAGAGGUGUGUGUGUGUGUGUGUGUGUGUGUGUGUGUUUGUGUGUUUGUGUCCCUGAACCAGGCGCUAUCUUAUGUGACUGGUCAGAGGAGAGUAUUUGUUCUGUGGAAAUUGUUGCUCUGGGAUUAAAACAAAAUAUACAAAUGUCAGUCUGCUAAUGCUAAUCCACCGCUGAUGCUCCUUGCAACUUGAGUGCAACUUACAGGCUGAUUUUCACUGCAGUGGGCUGCAUUGAAGUGAAUUGAAAAUACAAGGUACAUAUAAAAUAGAUGGCAACCUACACCUAAGUGUCUAUUAUUAUGGAUGACAUGAAAUUACUUUUCAAUAUAUUCUAUUUUUGUGUGCUACAUAGUGCUGAGGUACUUUUAUGUAUUUUCUAUGUUUCCAAUGUGGGUGUAUAGUACAUGGAAUCUGAUACAACUGGCAUGGAGUAAAUAACGUCAUUUGCCUGUCAUAUUAUUUAAAAUGUUGGAUGUUUAAAUAAAUAUAUAAUUACAAAUA